AUGACGUCGCUAACGCACGAACGUAUGCGUCACGCGCCCUUACCGAGCCCGAAUGCCGCAGAUGACCUGAUCAACGCUAAGGAGCAGUUCAAUGACAUCGGCAACGACAUCGACGACACCGCUGUCGAGCUCAUCCCCGGUGUCGAAAUGACCGAAAGACAGAUCGACAUGAUCGCGAGGGCAAAGGAAGAGCGGCUCAAGAAGGCCCAGCAGCCCCAGCCUCCACCGAAGGAGCCGACUCCACCGCCGAAGGCGCCUACUCCGCCACCGAAGGCUCCUACGCCCCCGCCAAAGGAGCCCACGCCUCCACCUCCGGAACCCACCCCGGCCGAACCUGCUCCAGCUGAACCUGCUCCACUGAACCCGCCCCGGAGCCUGCUCCGGCAGAAUCCGCACCAGCAGAACCUGCGCCGGCGGAACCCGCGCCGGAAGAGGCCCCCGCCGAAUAAGCCACCUAAAAUUGUACCCAUACAAAAAUUAUUAAUAAAUAGCUGA